AUGACUACACCUGGGCGUAAUUCCCUCUGCCCGCUGCUGCUGCUGCUGGCGGUGCUGCUGGCGCGGCAUGCAAGCGUGCAGGCAGGGGAGAAUGCGAACGCCACCCAGCCAGCAGCCGACGACCCCGUGGUCAAAGCAGAGAAGGAGGCGGGCGAUAUCGUGCCUCAAGGGGCGUGUAAGGCGGAGAUAACGGCUUACUGUUCGGACCUACCCACGGGCAACCGCUCUCUGGAGCGGUGUUUGAGCACGCAAGUCAAGAUGGUGAUGGCGGGGAAAGUGAAAGCGAACCCUGAGUUCUCCGCGGAGUGUUUGCUGGAGAUCCGCAACUUCAAGAUCGCGCUGUACAAGGACAUCACCAUGAACAAGGAGAUGGUGGAGGCGUGCAAGGAGGACAUUGCAUCCUUCUGUGAUGACGACUUCCUCUACCCCGAGCCGGGCAACGUGCUUGCAUGCCUGCGCGAGAGCAAGGAAUCAGGGCGAGUGUCGGACCAGUGUGCGAUAAUGGUGUUCGAGGCGCAGGAGGAUGCAGCGGACGAUUUCCGCAUGGACCCACAGCUCAACAUGCUGUGCUCCAAGGACGCUGACACCUACUGCGGGGACGUGCAGGCCGGGGAGGGGCGCAUUCAGGAGUGCCUGCGGCGCAACCGCAAGAAGCUCAACUGGGAGUGCCAGGCGGAGCUGUUCCGGCAGGAGGUGGAGAACGCCGAUGACAUUCGCCUCAACGUGCGGCUGUUCCGAGCCUGUCUGGACGACAAGCGGCGUUUCUGUCCCGACGUGCUGCCCGGGGAUGCACGCGUGAAGGACUGCCUGGAGGAGCACCGCUCCGAGCCCGAGUUCUCCAAAACCUGCAAGGCGGAAUUUGACAAGAUGAUGGAGCGCAGGGCGGUGGACUUCCGCCUCGAUGCCAGCCUGCGCAAGUACUGCCACAAGGACAUCGUGGAGACCUGCUACCCCGACGCGGAGGACAUCAGCGAUGUGGCGAACUGGGACAGCAAGGUGAUGGAGUGCCUGCAGGACUACAAGGAGGAGCUCAAGGACCCGCGCUGCCGCCAGCAGGUCCACCGCCUGACCAAGAGGGCAGCGGAGGACAUUCGCUUCGACCACCCUCUGCACGAUGCCUGCCAACCCGAUCAGGAGAAGCUGUGCAAGGACGUGCCGAGCGGCCAUGCGAGGGUCUUCACAUGCCUGCAGGACCACCGCAAGGACCUGCGCCCCGUGUGCCGCGCUGCACUCUUUGACCAGGAGAUCCGCUACGCAGGAGACAUUGACUUUAAGUUUGCCAUGCGCCAAGCAUGUGCCGACGAGAUGAAGCGCCUGUGCUCCAAAGCGCCCGACAUGGUGAAGUGCCUGCAGGACCAUGUCACCGAUGCAGACAUGAGCAAGGGAUGUGCCGACGAGGUCAAGAAGGACGAGGAGCGCAGCGCACAGGAUUUCCGCCUCAACUUCCGGCUGAAUCACGCGUGCUUCGAGGACGUGCAGCACCUCUGCAUGAACGCCUGCGCCCCUCCGGGCGUGGAGGGGGCGAUGGCUGCUGCAGCAGCGGCCGCGGGGCAGGCGUGUGGGGGGGCGGUGCUCAAGUGCCUUUCGGAUAAGGUGUCUCAGCUGCAGAACGCCGAGUGCAGGGAAGAGGUCUUCUAUUUUGAACGCAGGCAAGUGGAGGACCCGGCACUGGAUGUGCCGCUGCAGCAGGCGUGCAAGGACGAUGCGGACAUGUACUGUGGCGCGGGGGCGGGGUAUGCGGGGAGGGACCACAGCCGCACGCUCUCCUGCCUGCGGCAGAACAGGAAGAAGCUGUCGGCCCAGUGCAAGGCGGAGGAGCUGCGGUUCACUGCCAUGGAGGCAUCGGACAUCCGCCUGACGCCCACGCUGAUGAAUGCGUGUGGAUUGGAGCUGCAUCAGUUCUGCCGCGGAGUGCCUCCCAUGGGCGGCCAUGCCUUCCGCUGCCUGCAGUGGCACAUCCAGGAGUCCGGCAUGAGUGUAGCCUGCCGUGCUGAGGUGGACCUGCAGACCAUGCGCCAGUCGCAGUACUACCGCACCGACAUCGCGCUGCAGCUGCAGUGCGAUGCUGACGUGGCGGAUAAGUGCAGCGAGGUGGACGAGGCGGCGGAGAUGUCAAUGGGGGACCAGGAGACGGAGGGCGACUAUGGGCCCAUUCUGCGCUGCCUGCUGCAGUGGUACCAGACGCUCAAGCCUGCCUGCCAGUCUGAGGUGACCUAUGUGGUGCGCAACGCCCUGUGGAUGUACCACAGCAACGCGCCCCUCACCAAGCCGUGCCACACGGACAUUGACGCCCUCUGCAACAGCACCAACGUGUCGGGCUUCAGCGAGCACAAGGGAGCAGUCGUGGGGGUGUUUGGGCAGUGCCUCGUUGACACGCCGCUCACGAAGAUCUCGGACAAGCAGUGCCGGCAGAUGGUGGGAGUGGUGGCGGGCAGUGGCGGGCACGUGGGAGGGCUGGUGAAUGAGAAUCAGCUGGAGGACACGCUUACAAAGAUCGCAGAGAUCCAGCUGGUGGCUCAAGCUGAGGCAGAGGAGCAGGCAGAGGGCUCUCCACUAGUGCUGACUGGGUGGCUGGCCUUCAUUGCCAUCACAGCCCUUGCUGCUCUGCUGCUCGGUGGUGGCUUCUUCAUUUACCGCCGCUACUUUGACCCCCGCCGCAACUACACUGUGGUUGUCAAGGCUGGUGAUGUGUGA